GCGAUCUUUGUGGCAGCGUCUCCAAUGAUCCAGGUAGCCGUGAUGCUCGCGUAGGGCCGAUUCUACAGCGCCAGAGUAGUCUAGGGUUCUUGACGCAGCCAUGGCGAAUCUCACCGUCGGCUUGAUUCUUGAGAAGAUUGCGUCCAAGGACAAGGAUUAUCGGUAUAUGGCCACCUCCGAUCUUCUCAAUGAACUCCAGAAGGAGUCUUUUAAGGCCGACUCCGAGACCGAGAGGAAGGUGUCGCAGAUUGUCCUCCAGCAGCUGGAUGAUGCCUCCGGGGAUAUUUCUGGAAUCGCUGUGAAGUGCUUGGGUCCUCUAGUGAAGAAGGUAAAUGAGAACAAAAUCGUGGAGAUUGUAGAGUCGCUUUGCACGAGGCUACUCACAGGAAAAGACCAUCAGCGCGACAUUGCCAGCAUUGCUCUCAAGACUGUGGUGUCUGAGAUCGCCAGUGGAACUGUUGCGCAGUGUGUCGUGGCUGCGUUGACACCGAAGCUGAUCAAAGGCAUCACUGCAACGGACACGAGUACAGAGGUGAAGAGUGAAUGCUUGGACAUUCUUUGUGAUGUUCUUCACCGGUUUGGGGCACUUCUAGUCCCAGAACACGAAAAGUUACUCAACGCCUUACUUGUGCAACUAAACUUGCAACGAGCUGGUCUGAGAAAACGUGCAAUUCAGUGUUUAGCGACUUUGGCUGCUUGUAUGUCCGAUGAUCUGUUGGGAAGGGCAACCGUCAGCGUGGUUGACUUGUUGAAGAAUAAGGAUGUGAAGCCCGACAUGACUAGGACCAACAUCCAAAUGAUCUGCGCCUUCUGCCGUGCCGUGGGUUAUCGUUUUGGGCCACAUUUAAAUGAAGUAGUUCCACUUCUAAUAAGUUACUGUCAAAACGCCUCAGAAAAUGACGAUGAGCUUCGAGAAAACAGUCUGCAGGCGCUGGAAAGUUUCGUGUUGCGCUGUCCACGAGAUGUGGCAGAACAUUGUGGCACCAUUCUUGAUCUCGCUCUGGAGUACUUGAGUUAUGAUCCCAAUUUCACCGAUGAUAUGGAGGAAGAUCAGGAUGAAGACAUGGAUGGCGAAGAAGAGGACGAUGAGGAGAGCGCUGACGAGUACAGUGACGAUGAAGAUGUAAGCUGGAAGGUGCGGAGAGCUGCAGCAAAAUGCCUUUCUGCAGUUAUCUCAUCGAGACCGGAGAUGCUUUCGACACUUUACAGCAAGGCAUGCCCAAGGCUUAUUGAUAGAUUUCGCGAAAGAGAAGAAAAUGUGAAGAUUGACGUGUUCAAUGCAUUCAUUGAUCUCUUGCGUCAAACUGGCAACGUGACAAAAGCGUCGUCUGAGAUUAAUCCAUCAAGUCCUUUAUAUAUGCUUCAACAAGAAGUUCCAAAGGUUGUCAGAACUUUAAAUCGUCAACUUCGUGAAAAAUCGGUGAAAACAAGGGUGGGGGCAUUUUCUGUGCUAAAAGAACUUGUGGUCGUUCUUCCCAAUUGCUUAUCGGACCACAUGGCCUCGUUGCUGCCUGGAGUGGAGAAAGCUUUAAAUGAUAAAUCCUCCAACUCUAAUCUGAAGAUUGAGGCUUUGACAUUUACACGAUUGGUCAUGCCGUCUCAUUCUCCUUCAGUUUUCCAUCCACACAUUCAGGCUCUCUCCGGUCCAGUUCUUGCUGCUGUUAAUGAGCGUUAUUAUAAAGUUACUGCUGAAGCCUUACGUGUUUGUGGAGAGCUCGUGAAAGCCAUUCGCCCUGAUCAAGGUUCGACCUUCAACUUUGUACCGUAUGUUCAACCUAUUUACGGUGCAAUAUUGAAGCGCCUGACCGCUCAAGAUCAAGAUCAGGAAGUUAAAGAAUGCGCCAUAUUUUGUAUGGGGCUGGUUGUUUCUAUCCUUGGAGACAAGCUUGAGCGGGAACUUCCUGUUUCUUUGUCAUUGCUUCUCGAUCGCCUACGGAAUGAGAUCACACGGCUGACAGCUGUCAAGGCAUUUGCAACGAUCGCGGAAUCUCCGUUAAAGAUCAACCUUAAUGCCGUACUUGAACAAGUGAUUGCGGAGCUAACGACGUUCUUGCGAAAGGCAAAUAGAGCUUUGCGGCAAGCGUCUCUUGGUACUUUAAAUGCUUUAUUAGUUUCUUAUGGUGAUAAAAUUGGUAAUGCAAGCUACGAUUCCAUCAUCACAGAGUUAUCUGCGUUGAUCAGUGAUGCGGACUUGCAUAUGGCAGCAUUAGCUCUUGAGUUGUGUUGUACAAUGAUGGCUGAUAAGAAGCAUCAUAUUAGCGCUGGCAAUGCUGUUCGCGAAAAAGUUCUGCCACAAGCUCUUGUUCUCGUAAGAAGUUCAUUGCUUCAAGGACAAGCUUUACAGACUUUGCAAACAUUUUUUGCAUCACUGGUUCAAUCGGCUAGCACCUUUGACAUGCUACUUGAGGCCCUGCUGUCAUCCGCCAAAAAUUCGUCGUCCAUGGGGGGGCCUGCCAGCAAGCAAGCGUUUCAUUCUGUAGCACAGUGUGCAGCGGUGUUGUGCCUUGCUGCUGGAGAUGCCAAGUGUCUAUCAACAGUCGCAAUGCUUGUGAACGGUCUCAAAACUGGCGGUCAUGAUGCGCAUCAGCUGCUGUCACUCUUGUGUCUGGGAGAAAUCGGCAGAAGGAAAGACUUAAGCUCCGUUCCCGAUAUAGAAUCGGUUAUUAUCAGAUCGUUCCAAUCUCCUUCUGAAGAAAUCAAGUCUGCUGCAUCGUAUGCACUGGGAAACGUAGCGGUCGGUAAUUUAUCGAAGUAUUUACCUUUUAUUCUAGGCCAGAUAGAUAGACAAUCGAAAUUGCAAUAUCUGCUUCUUCAUUCAUUGAAAGAGGUUAUAGCACGACAAUCGUCUGAUGAAGCUGGAAAAAUUGAGCUGCAAGACGCGGACGUCCAAAAGAUACUUUCUUUAUUGUUCAAUUAUUGUGAAAGUGAGGAAGAAGGCGUCCGAAACGUUGUUGCAGAAUGUCUUGGCAAGCUAGCACUUAUUGAACCAGAAAGGCUCGUUCCUGCACUGAAGGCUCGGACAUCCAGUACCUCUGCGUUUACAAGAGCAACAGUUGUUAUCGCGAUCAAAUAUACUAUAGUUGAACGGCCUCAACCGAUAGAUGGGCAUAUCAAGCUUUGCAUCUCUUCUUUUCUUAUGCUUAUCAAAGACGGAGAUAGACAUGUGAGACGGGCUGCAGUUUCGGCUUUGAGCACUGCUGGGCACAACAAACCGAGCCUUGUGAAGGAGCUGCUACCUGUGCUCUUUCCGCUUCUGUAUGAACAGACAGUUGUAAAGAAAGAGCUUAUAAGAACAGUGGAUCUAGGUCCUUUCAAGCAUACUGUGGAUGACGGUCUGGAAUUGAGGAAGGGUGCAUUCGAGUGCGUUGACACUUUGCUGGACAGUUGCCUUGACCAAAUUGACCCUUCGGCUUUCCUGACUUACUUGUUAUCGGGCCUCAGCGAUCACUACGACGUGAAAAUGCCCUGUCACCUUAUACUCUCGAAGUUGGCCGAAAAAUGCCCAUCCGCAGUAAUAGCAGUUCUGGACGUCCUAGUUGAGCCACUAGAGAAGACGGUUACCAACAAAACAAAACCGGAUGCUGUCAAACAAGAGGUGGAUCGAAACGAAGACAUGAUCCGGAGUGCACUUCGUGCCAUUGAUUCUCUGGACAGAAUAAGCGGAGAGUCCAGUCCGAGAUUUAGAGCUUUCAUCAAUAACGUGGUGAAGAGUGGAACGCUGGCUGAAAAGUACAACGCCGUCCGCCACGAGAGUGAUACUGUUGUUGCUGGGGACGUGAUGGACAUGAGCUAAGAGGUCAUUCCCUUGAUUUACGAGUUUGUGUUUGUUUGCUGCUUCAAUUUUGGAGUGCGAUCCCGUUUAGCAGAACUAUUUUUCCAUGCGGUACACACAUCGGCUUUCUAUCUAGCCAUGUAAUCACAGUGCAGAGAAAAACAUUGCCAGUUCGCUGUAA